UUUCUUCUUCCACUCCCUCUCUGUUUCACCUAUUAAAAAAAAAAUUAAUCAAAGCCCAGAAUCACACUUCAUCCAACUCUCUCUCUUUCGAUCAACCCUCUGUAAACCCUCAUAGCCUCUCUCGGCUCCCCCUCAUUAAAAAAAAAAAAAUACACUCAUUAUUUAUUAUUUAUAUAUAAAAUACUGCUUACUUUAUAUUUUUUCUUUUACCUAUUUAUUUAUAUUUUUAAGAAGGAGAGGAAGUUGGUGUUGGUGAGGGUGGAGAUGAGCGGUGGUGGGGUUAGGGUUUCAAUCCCGGGCAACGUGAGGAAGACGAUCCAGAACAUAAAGGAGAUCACAGGCAAUCACAGUGAUGAGGAGAUUUAUGCAAUGCUCAAGGAGUGCUCUAUGGAUCCCAAUGAAACUGCUCAAAAACUUCUCUAUCAAGAUCCAUUUCACGAAGUCAAAAGGAAGCGUGACAGGAAAAAAGAGAACAUGAACAAUAGAGAGUCUGGAGAUUCUCGAUGGAGGUCUGGCAUGCAGGGGCGGGGGAGUAGGGGUGGCAUGCAGGGGCAGGGGAGCAGGGGUGGUCGGCCAAGCUUUUCUCCGCGUCAUACAUAUCAUGAUACUGGUGGUGGAAGGAAUUCUGCUGCUGGAAGGGACAAUGGAACCAACCAUGCUGCAGAGAAGGGCGCUGGCUCUUCUUUGUUAGCCUCCGAAGAGAAAUAUAAAGAAACUACUCCAUCAGCAAGCUCCUCUGCAGUUGUGGCCAAUGGUCCAACUGGUGUUGUUUCUGGAAACACUAGUGCAAUGCUUGCCUCCAAUUUACCUACAGGAAGCAAUCAACAUGAAGUGACUUCAUCACCUAUUGUUGGAAGGGAAGCAUACCACAUUGAUGUUGAUAAAGCUCCUACUAUUGCAUUUGGAACUGGGGAUGCGUGCAGGGAGUCCUUGCCAAGCUCUAACAACUCCUCCAUGUCUGUGAUUCCAGCAUCUUCUUCAAAAAUUUGCUUCUCGUCCUCGGAUCCUGUACUAAAGCUUUCUAAUGAUUCAUGUCCCCCUGGUACGGUGGGUACAAUUAAACGUGAAGUGGGGAACCAUCAAACUGCGGGUGAAUCAGCUUCCGAGAUUGGUGUCCCUUUCAUGCCAGGGAAGAUGCCAAGCAAAAACCAAGGAGUUGGGAAGAACCAGCUCAGUGAUUCUUCCCAACCUUCUUUUGCAUCAAUCCAGGGUGGUUCUUUCAGUAGCCGGCCUUCCUCUAACUACAGUAGCAGGUCUCAACUGAUAAUAGGCUCUCAGAAAGUUAGAUAUUAUAAUGUGAGGAAGCUGAACAUUGGAAACGGGGGGAGAGAGACAAACACACAAGAUUAUCCAUUCCUGUCUUCAACAGUUGGCUCUAAUAUGGAGUGGAAACCAAAGGCAACAAACCCUAACGUAGCACAGGAGUCUGGAACAGCUGGUUUAUCUGACAUUUCUAAUAUUCCACUUGAAUCCAGUGGCCAUUCACAGGCCUCCUCGGGUGUCCUUGAUUCAGAAGAAGCAACUGCCAAACUGCAGAAGAAGCUGGAGGAGUUGCAUCUUCCACAGCGUCAACAUGUUAUAAUUCCACACCAUAUCCAUGUUCCUGAAUCUGAAAGAAACAAAUUGAGUUUUGGAAGCUUUGAUGCUAGUUUCGGAGUGACGUCAAGUUAUGUUAGCGGGGCUGAGAGUAACAAGAGUUCUACACCCGUGUCUGAAACUUCUCAGGGUAUUGAAGAACCUAUGGAGGAACAAGCUGAAAGCAAUCAAAAUACACCGGUGACUGCUGAGGAGGGAAUUUAUCCUGAUCAUCCACAGUCGCCUUCACAUGUACCUGGAAAUUUAUCAGCUGAGGGUGAUGCAUCAUCCAACACAGUGCCUGAUUAUGAGUCUAAGCAGGAGGCUGCAUUGUUGUCUGGAGGCCAUCAGUACUCGGUGGUUCAUACUUCUCCUGGCUACAGUUUUGGUCUUGUGCCUCCAAUGUUGGGUAGUCAGAUUAUGCCAUUUGAGAACUCAGAAUCUCAAGCACGUGAUGUUUCUCGCCUACCUAGCUUUGUGGUCCAGCAACCAUUUGACCCUACAAGUUAUUAUGCCCAAUUUUAUCGUUCAAGUGCUGAUGGUGAUGGUCGUGUUUCUCCCUUUCCUGCGCCUGGAGUUGCUUCCAAAUACAAUGGGAAUGUUGCAGUGUUGCCUCCACAUACUUCACAGCCUCCCCAAGAGGGUGGGAAUUCUUUAGUUUUAUCCACUGCAGGUCCCACUCCUCUGGGGACCCAAGCUGCUGGGCUCAUGCAAAGCUCCAUAGCUAUGACUCAGCAACCUGUCCCUGUCUUUCGUCCACCAACUGGGUUGCACACAUCCCAUUUCCCCCCAAACUACAUCCCAUAUGGCCAUUACAUCUCCCCAAUUUAUGUGGCUCCAGGUAUGUACCAGUUCUUAAGCAAUGGUACAUUCCUACAGCAACCUCAAGCUGGCAGUGUGUAUCCAGCACCACCAUCUGCAGCAGCCACGGGGGUCAAAUAUUCACUUCCGCAAUUCAAACCUGGAAGUAAUACAGGAAAUGCAACUCACAUUGGGAUGCCAAGUGGUUAUGGACCAUAUGGUUCCUCUCCUGCUGGUUUUAAUCCCAAUUCUGCAGUGACAGGAGGAAACUCAACCACAAAUGAUGAUCUUGGUGCAUCUCAGUUCAAGGAAAGUAAUAUCUACAUUACCGGGCAGCAGAGUGAGGGUUCGGCUGUGUGGAUCACUACUCCUGGCCGAGACAUAUCUAGCUUGCCAGCAAGUACCUUUUACAACCUUCCUCCUCAAGGUCAGCAUGUGGCUUUUGGACCAACUCAGGCUUCCCAUGGCACCUAUACCAAUAUCUAUCACCCUGGGCAACCAGUAACUGCAGCAGCUGUUCACCCACUUCUGCAACAGUCUCAGGCCAUGGGUGGAGCUGUUGAUAUGCUAGGACCUGCAGCCAGUGCUUACCAGCAGUCUCAACAUCAACAGAUCAACUGGCCUAGCAACUACUAAAACAUGGAUAAGAUUUUUCUUUUUAUAUACCAGGGAAACAAGUCCAAUCUUGGGAUAUUUUUUGUGAACUCCAACAAGUUUGGAUGGAGGUCAACAGCAAGAUGAUACAACAUUGGCUGGACUUGAGAGUGUAAAUCUAAAAAAUGGGGCUGGAAUUCUGCCAGUAGUAUCGUCUAAUUGCUUGGAUUGAGGGCAUAAAAGGUGCAGUUUGCUUGUAACUGAUAUUGACCUUUUUAAGUUAGUGGAGGUGGGCAUGUGCAGGUUUUUCUUUUUCUGGUUGCGCCGAAUGGUGUUACCGUUUUCCAUGUCAGUUCCAAGCCUUUAUCUCCCCCCCACCGUUUACUUUUUAAAUCUUUGAACUUUUUCUAGGGUAUUAUUGUUGAGUGGUGAGAAUCUUUUCCAAUUCUUUCUGAUGUCGAGGUUUUUUAGGGCUCUGGAAGGUUAAGGUAUAGGCUGGUGGAUAAUCGUUCCAAUUCCUUUUUUUCUAGUCUUUCCGCUGUCUUAUAUGUAAAGUGAAUUUUGAUAGCAAGAAACUGAUGUACCGAGCUGUUGUAAUUGGUAUAAGAAAAAAGGUGGCAUUCCAUUGUUUCAA